UAGAGUUGUCACUCGGGGACCACCGUACUUGCACUCGUUGUUUAUGAGCGGUGCUAACUAUUGAGCUACCCAAUAGUUACGUGGAGAAAUGGCUGAAUAUACACACGUAAAAUCAACCAAAUUGGUUUUGAAGGGUUUAAACAAAGGCAAAAAGAAGAAGCACAAGGAUAGGAAGAGAAAAGCUGCAGAUGAAGACCACAAACCUGAUAUAAUUGAUGGGUGGUGGGCAGUAAGCCACUUUGGGGAACUCACCGGAACAGUUGCAAUAGAAAUGCAGAACAACUCGUACAUCCAUGCCCUGGAUACUGGACUUUUCACAGUUGGUGCACCACACAAAGAUGAUGAAGGACCAGAUCCACCUGAGCAGUUUACUGCCGUCAAGCUCUCAGACUCGCGAAUAGCCUUGAAGUCUGGAUAUGGCAAGUAUCUGGGUAUCAACUCUGAAGGUUUAGUGGUUGGGCGCGCUGAUGCCAUUGGCUCCAGAGAACAAUGGGAACCAGUCUUCCAAAAUGACAAAAUGGCUCUGCUGGCAGCGAAUAGCUGUUUCAUCUCUUACAGUGACAGUGGGGACAUUGUUGCCAAGAGCAAGACAGCAGGGGAUGGCGAGAUGCUGAAGAUCAGAUCAAUUAUAGAGCGAGAGGACAAGGGAAAAGAUGACCUUGCAGAUGAGGACAGGGGCAACGUGAAGUCCUGUGAGCUCAAUUACGUGAAGAAGUUUCAGAGUUUUCAAGAUCGUCGCCUCAGAGUUAAUGAGGAUGAUCCGUCAAUGUUAAAGAAAGCCAGAAAGGACGGGAUGUUACAUGAAACUUUGCUCGACAGGAGAAGCAAAAUGAAAGCAGACAGGUACUGCAAGUGAAGACUCAUCGCGACUGCUUUGUCUUUUGUAAAAGUCACAUUUGAUCUUUUAAUCUAACGAUUGAUGUAUUUUUCUUUUUAUGUUUCUAAUAAAUGUUACAUGGUCUAA